UCAAGAUGGCGACCUACGCCGAAACAGGAAAAAGGUUCCUCUUUAAACAAAACUGAUCCCGAUAGUAAUUUUUUUUUUUGUCGGAGUGUCAGCGCGGUCAGGUAUCAUUUGGAUUUCGUAGAGACGGGACGGAGCAGAUACCGAGAAUAAAUGGCUGCAAGGAAAUCUGGCACAGAUGCGUACAACAAUGGACCCAUCAGCUACCUCGAUGAUGUUCCCUUCAAGAUAAAUGAUAAAUUUCGCUGUCCAGCCAAAGUGGGGUUACCUGUUGGUUUCUGUAUGCCAGAUUGUAGCUCCUUACUUGCAGACACACAGUACAACUUUUCAUUGGAGCGGCGGCAUGUCCGCUGGGGGAUUGAACUCGCUGAGGCCCAAGCAGCAGCCGCCAGAGCAGAAGAGGCAGCAGCAAAGCAGGACGGAGAGAGCAGGGAUUCUCAGGACAUUGAUGGAGGUAGUUGUGGCGGUGGAUUAAACUCUCGGUCUGUUGCAGAAGAUCAAGACGUUCCCCCACCAGCACUGAACCCUGUUCUGGCGGGGCUGAGCCACAAUGCCAUUCUUACUCCACUGCCUGCCCCCAGCCUUGGCCCCAGAAAAACCCAGCCCAGCAGUCCACAGUUACAUAAUCUCAAUUUAGCUGACUUUGAGCGGGAAGAAGACCCUUUUGAUAAGUUGGAACUUAAAACUUUGGACGAUAAGGAAGAGCUUCGAAGCAUCCUACAGAGCCAGCCCCAACCUCAGCCACCUCCCUCUGUAUCCCCACCCGAGGUGUCUCAGCAGGGUUCAGCGUCUCGUGGAAACAGCCCAUCUCCAACCAGCACAAACACCAAUGUUUCGGCCAAACCAGGCUUUGGACACAAACCAAACGGUUUGGUUGCCUUGUUGGAUAUGGACAAAGCUGGACAGCAUGGAAAAGUAAGGUUUGACACGGACGAUCGGCCUUGCAAUAUCCGCUCUCUGACUUUUCCCAAGCUCUCUGACUCUGCUGACCCAGAACCAUCAAAAUACAGCCCUCUUCCUGCACCCACUCCUGCACCUCGACAGAUUCUACCCAACGGGAGCUCGCCGACCCUACUAAAAACUCAAGUUAUUGUUGCACCUGAGCCUUCCAGCCACAGCAAGAGCGCCACUUCCAAACUGGCCAACCUGGGGUCAGGAUCCUCGGGUCUGCCAUGUGGCGGAGCUCUGCUCAGCAUGACCCCCGACGAGCAUCAGUGUGUGGAAACUCUUGUGGGCAUGGGCUACUCGUAUGAGGAAGUCCUGCGGGCCAUGCAAAGACAAGGGCAGAAUGUGGAGCAGGUACUGGACUAUCUGUUUGUUCACGGACGUCUAUGUGAGCGGGGCUUUGAUGCGAGUGCAGUGGAAGAAUGUUUAGACAUGUAUCAGUGCUCAGAAGAAAAGGCCUUGCAGUAUCUGGAGCUCAUGUCGAGAUUUGGUGAAAUGGGAUUUGAGCGCGAUGCCAUCAGAGAGGUGCUGCUAGUCCACAACAAUGAUCAGGACAAGGCUCUGGAGGAUCUGAUGUCCCGUGCUGCUGCUAGCUGAGCCAAGCCAGUCGCUUAACCAAGCUCAUCCUAGGGCCUGCUUCCUGCUCCAAUCCUAAUCCAGACCCUUUGUUUCUGCCUCCUUUAUCUCACAAUGCCCUGCCCUCUGCCUUGGCUGCAGAAAGGACAGCUGGGAGACUUUCUUUGCUGAAACAUGCCAUGUCUCAGCACUUGUGGAAGUUUAUGUGCCUAGAUUGGACCGAGGUAUUUGUAUGUAAAGGUGGUUUUAGGAACUUCAAGGUCAUUGCGGAGCGCAAAGUAGGAGAGACUGGAAGGUGUGGGUCGUUUGAUGCCAUUCUCUGUUGCUUCCUCUUGGAAGUAUUUAUCUGAAAGCAGGGGGAACUGCAGAAUUGAACAUGGAGGAGGUGAUGGUUUGCUGGUGUGAACUUUGAAGCCACAAAGCUUGCCAUCUUCUGUUUCUGCAAACCUGAUAAACAGGGGAGGGGUACGGG